CUCUGUCCUAGGCAGGGAAAGCGUAAGUGUUGAGAAGGCCUGAGCCUGUUGGAAAGUAAUCUGAGCAAGUUGUGUGACAAUCCAGACCUUACAUUACUGCCCCUUCAUCCUUUCCAUGUCCCUGCUGUUUGCCAACCCUUAAAUCCUGGAUCCCAGUGAAGUCCUACAUAGCCAAGUUACUAGAUAACAGCGCAAAGAACUUGAGCAGCCUCUGUAGAAAUCUCCAGACUUAUCUUUUACUCUUCUGGGAGACUGAAGGUCACCGACCAAGGGCAGCCUGGAAGAGGGGGACCAGUCUCGCCCCCUCUGGUGGCCACGCUGGGCCCUAUCUUCAGAGAACAAAGCCGCCCUGCCCCUUGUAGCAAGAGCCAAUGGGAGCUCAGGGCUUCGCCCCCUCCACCGUCACCGCCCAGUGAGUAUUUAGAAGCUGACCUGGCCGGCGCUCAGAGAAAGCUAGAGUGCUGAGCGAGCGGAGGGUAACAGCUGCCAGCCAGCCGUGUGAGGCAGGCCUAGUACAGUGCCUCCUCUACCAUGGGCCACCAGGAGCUAGUACGUUGAGGCCGAGCAGAAAGGGGUGAGUCCUGAAGCUACAACCUAUAUAGAGCUGCUGUAUCCCAUCCCGAGUCGCUGCCAUGGCCUGGCUGAUGCUGCCGGGUGCACUGCUGUGCAUGCUGUGCUUCGGGUUAGGCAGCUUGGAUUCUGAAGGCUACCUGCCCCCUGCACUCCACGACUGCCCUCACAAAUGCGUCUGCGCUGCCGAUCUGCUGAGCUGUGCGGGCCUCGGGUUGCAGGACGUUCCGGCCACAUUACCUGAGGCGGCUGAAGACCUUGAUCUGAGCCACAACGCUCUCCGGCACCUCCGCCCUGGCUGGCUAGCGCCCCUCUCCCGGCUGCGGGCUCUGCACCUGAGCCACAACAAGCUGGAUGCCCUGGGUCAGGGCAUCUUUAGCAACGCCAGCAGCCUGAGGCUGCUCGACCUGUCAGCUAAUGCUCUGCGGGUGCUUGGCCGCCAUGACCUUGAUGGGCUGGAAGCCCUGGAGAUGCUGCUUCUGUUCAACAACUGCCUGGCACGCUUGGACGAGCAUGCUUUCCAUGGCCUGAGAGCACUUCGCCGCCUCUACCUGGGCUACAACAAACUCACCUCCUUCUCUUUCAACCACCUGCACGGCCUGGGCAUGACCCAUCUGCGUACUCUGGACCUCUCUUCCAACCAGCUGGAACUCAUCUCUGUCUCUGAGCUGGCCACACUGCCAGUCUUCCUCAAGAAUGGACUCUACCUGCACAACAACCCACUGCCCUGCAACUGCCACCUCUACCACCUGCUGCAGCGCUGGCACCAGAGGGGUCUGAGAGCCGUGUGUGAUUUUGCCCUAGAAUACAAAUGCCUGGCUUUCAGAGUACCCUCAUCUGGUGUGCGCUUCUUUGAGCACAGCCGAAUCUUCGAGAACUGCUCAGCAGCCCCAGCUAUGGACCUAGAGCCAUCUGAAGUGCAGCUGCAGGCAAAGUUGGGUGAGUCCCUGAGGCUCUACUGCAACACCAGUGCCCCAGCCGUGAGCGUCACCUGGGUCUCGCCGCAGCACGAGCUGCUCCUGGCACCAGGAUCCCGUGAUGGCAGCAUCACAGUGCUGGCGGAUGGCAGCUUAGCUAUUGGCACUGUGCAGCAGCAGCACGCAGGCAUCUUUGUGUGCCUGGGCAUUGGACCCCACUUGCACCACAACCAGACGCUUGAAUACAACGUCAGUGUGCACUUUCCGCAUCUGGAGCCUGAGGCUUUCAACACCGGCUUUACCACGCUGCUGGGCUGCGCUGUAGGCCUGGUGCUUGUGCUUCUCUACCUGUUUGCGCCACCCUGCCGUGGCUGCUGCCACUGCUGCUGCUACCACCAGCUCUGCUUUGGCUGCUGCUGGCCCCGAGCACCCAGCCCACUCCAGGAGCUGAGUGCACAGUCCUUUGUGCUCAGCACCACACCCCCGGAUGCACCCAGCCGCAAGGCCAGUGUCCACAAGCACGUGGUCUUCCUGGAGCCCAGUAGGAGGGGCCUCAAUGGUCGUGUGCAGCUGGCAGUUCCUGAGGACUUUGAUCUCUGCACCCUUUCGGGCCUGCCACUUAAGGCUGGCUCUGAGUCUGCCAGCUCCACAGGUUCAGAGGGGCUCAUGAUGACCUAGGCUGCUCCGAGCCUACCCUGCCCAUGGUGUUCCUCCUGCUUGUCUUGCUCUCUAUUGCUGUCUAGAGGACUGCCAGACACUUGUUGGAAGCCCUAAACUUGAUCCCACGGCUCCUUUGUGGAUUUUGAUCUGAACCCAGGGACCCUACUCACUGGUAGAGAAGCUGGGAUCCCUAGUAUGCCUUUUGUGCUGCCUAGCACAGGUCCCUAAGUGUGCCUGCUUUCCCUGGUUCCUCCUAAGCCCAAAUGUCCCAUGAGGAUUGGAGACCAAGCCCACCUGGAAGACCCCUUGCAUUUAAAGUAUAUUCAGGGCCAGGGAUUUGGCUCAGUGGUUCCACCUCCUGCCUCACAAGUGCAAAAUCCCAAGUUCGAUCCAUGGUACCAAAGAAAAAAAGUGUAUUCAGAAAAGUUCAGGAAGGAAUGAGCCCACUGGGGGUGGGGAGGGCUCAGAUUCAUGCCCUAUCCCAGGGUAGGAGGCAGCAGAGGAGAAAAUAAGCCCUCCCUCCUUCCCUUGGGUGAAACAGAAUGCCCUCUGUCAUCCAGCACCCAACUCACUAAAAGCUUCAACCAUCAGUCUCAAGAGAUUCCUGGGGGCAUGAAGUCCCAAUCAGAAUGGCCCUGCUCUCUCUGGCCAGAGGGAUCCAGCAGUUGCUCUGAAGGCAGAGCCCAUCCCAAGGGCUCUUAACAGCAGUAAAGAGCCUAGUAAGCAGGCCACUCCAGGAGGGCCGAGCUGGAACUUGAUGUCUCGCAGGUCAGAAGCUUCUUAAGGGCUGGCACUGGUCUCACCCUAAGGGCUGAGGGAUGGCGCUAGCUUGUGUACAUCUCACCACUCCACUACAGCGGGGAGGAAAGGGGGCCUGGGUGCCCCUCAAAUGUGGCGGCUGAGCUGGGGAUCCCCAUGGCUAUCCUAGCCCUACUGUUACGGACUUUCCUAAUAAAGG